GCGCCGGCUGCCAGUUUCGGUUAUCCGGCAGCCAAGCAACGGGCCAGCGUUAGCUCCAAUUGCUCAGCGGCCGCUGUUGUUGGUGGCAGAAACUGUCCGGAAGAUCCGUGGAUUUGACAAUUACUGAAACAUGGCGUUUGGCACAAUGACGUCUUUGCUUGGCAUGAUCCCGCUACUGGCGAUCGGCAUGAACUACUAUCGCUAUCAAAGCAUCGAUCCCGAGAACAAGGUCCAGGAGCCAUCAAUCAUCCGUCGCCAGUAUGACUUUGUGGUGAUUGGCGGCGGCUCAGCCGGCGCCGUGGUGGCCAAUCGCCUGAGCGAGGUGCGCAACUGGACGGUGCUGUUGCUGGAGGCGGGCGGCGAUGAGACGGAGAUAUCGGACGUGCCCGCGCUGGCGGGCUAUCUGCAGCUGACCGAGCUGGACUGGAAGUACCAGACGGCGCCUUCAUCGACGCGCCAGUAUUGCCAGGCGAUGAAGGGCGAUCGCUGUUUCUGGCCGCGCGGCAAGGUCCUGGGCGGCAGCUCCGUCCUGAACGCCAUGGUCUAUGUGCGUGGCUCGAAGAACGACUACGAUCACUGGGCCUCGCUGGGCAAUCCGGGCUGGGACUACAACCAGAUGCUCAAGUACUUUCUAAAGUCGGAGGAUGUGCGUAAUCCGUAUCUGGCGGCCACGCCCUAUCACGAAACGGGCGGCUAUUUGACCGUGCAGGAAGCGCCCUGGCGCACACCGCUCUCCAUUGCCUUCCUGCAGGCGGGCAUGGAGAUGGGCUACGAGAAUCGGGACAUCAAUGGAGCCAAGCAGACGGGCUUCAUGCUCACCCAGAGCACCAUUCGACGUGGCGCUCGCUGUAGCACCGGCAAGGCCUUCAUACGACCAGUGCGCCUGCGCAAAAACCUGGACGUGCUGCUCCAUGCGGAGGCCACACGGCUGCUGCUCGACAAAGAGAAACGCACCAUUGGCGUCGAGUACAUGAAGGCGGGCCGCAAGCAAUUGGUGUUUGUGCGACGCGAGGUGAUACUCAGCGCCGGAGCGCUCAACUCCCCAAAGCUGCUGAUGCUGAGCGGUAUUGGUCCCGCCGAGCAUCUGCAGGAGCAUAAUAUACCCGUUGUAUCGGAUUUGCCGGUGGGCAACAAUAUGCAGGAUCACGUGGGCCUGGGCGGCCUCACAUUUGUGGUGGAUGCCCCGUUGACGGUGACACGGAGUCGCUUCCAGACCAUACCCGUCUCCAUGGAGUACAUACUGAGAGAGCGCGGCCCGAUGACAUUUUCGGGCGUUGAGGGCGUUGCUUUUUUGAAUACCAAAUACCAGAACCCCGCCGUCGACUGGCCGGAUGUACAGUUUCACUUUCUGCCCAGCUCCAUAAACUCGGAUGGCGGUGAGCAGAUACGAAAAAUAUUAAAUUUACGCGAUGGCUUCUACAAUACGGUAUAUAAGCCGCUGCAGCACAGCGAGACCUGGUCCAUAUUGCCGCUGCUGUUGCGGCCCAAGAGCACCGGCUGGGUGCGUUUGAAUUCGCGUAAUCCGCUGCAGCCGCCGAAGCUGAUACCCAACUAUUUUGCCCAUCAGCAGGACAUCGAUGUGCUCGUCGAGGGCAUUAAGCUGGCCAUCAAUGUGUCCAAUACGCAGGCCUUUCAGCGGUUCGGUUCGCGUCUCCACAACAUACCGCUGCCUGGCUGCCGGCAUCUGGCAUUCCAAUCGGACGCGUAUUGGGCGUGCUGCAUCAAGCAGUUCACCUUCACCAUAUACCAUCCGGCGGGCACCUGCCGCAUGGGUCCCAGCUGGGAUGUUACGGCCGUUGUCGAUCCCCGUCUGCGCGUCUAUGGCGUCUCUGGGCUGCGUGUCGUGGAUGCCAGCAUAAUGCCAACCAUUGUCAACGGCAAUCCGAAUGCGCCAGUUAUAGCUAUUGGCGAGAAGGCGGCGGAUAUGAUUAAGGAGGAUUGGGGCGCACGUCGAGCAGCCGCUGGCUAGCUGCAUUCAAUGUUGCUGUUGUACGUUUCCAUCAACUAGUCAAAUGUGUUAUAAAAAACGUAUUUUUUUUUUUUUU